AUGCCAACAGUCCUCUACCGGCAGUCGACGUACACUGGGGCCGACAGGGUUAAUGAACUACUUACGGGGCACGAUCGAAGGUUCUAUGAUGCAAUGGGUCUGAACAAGUAUGUUUUCAAAUUGUUGUGCAAAGAAAUUAAACAAACAGGUUGCCAUGGCGAUGAAAGGCAGAAAAAAGUCCGCAUUCAAGAAAGCGUUGCAAUUUUCUUGUAUACGGAUUGCAUCGGUGCCAUUGACGGAACCAUCUAUAUUCCUAAAGAAGACCAUGUCAAAUACAGAUGUCGAAAAGGUUACCUGGCCCAAAAUGUGAUGGUGGCGUGUGACUUUGACUGCAAAUUCACUUUUGUUUUCGCAGGGUGA